ACACCCCGCGCACGCAACAUAUAGGCAGCCCCAUGCACAUGCCCACGCAGAGCGGCCCGUACCUGCCUGCCUGCCGGCGCCGGCCGCUGCACGGGGGCAGGAGCAAGAAGAGGAGGAGGAAGGAGGAGGAGGAGGAGGAGGGGGUAUGUGCGCGGGGCUGCCUCACCGCGGCCACCUCCGCCUGCCUUAACCUCCCCCCCGCCCAAGGCGCGCGGCUCCUCCCUCCGCGCGCACAGCCCGGCGGAGAAGCAGCCCGGCGAAGCCGCCUCAAACUUGCUCGAGUUACUUAAGUCGGAGCCUGAUCCCGCGGAGCCGCCGCCGCCGCGCAGCCGUGGGCGAGGAGCAGGUGCCGCCGGACGCGGGGGCGCUGCUGUGAGGCGGCCCCGCGGAUGCUGCUCUGCCCUCGCAGCGCCCGCCGGCCCCGGCCCCGCCUGAGGAGCCGCGGAGGGGCAGGGGGCUAGCGCGAGCGUCCCCCCCCGUCCGUCCGUCCGUCUGUCCGUUCGUCCCCCCCUCUCCCCCGCCCCGGGAGCUUAUGGACUGGGCGCUGCCCCGGCGCGCGGGGAGCCCGGCCGCGGCGCGGGCAGCAUGUCCAAGCCGGCGGACCACGUGAAGCGGCCCAUGAACGCCUUCAUGGUGUGGUCGCGGGCGCAGCGGCGCAAGAUGGCCCAGGAGAACCCCAAGAUGCACAACUCGGAGAUCAGCAAGCGCCUGGGCGCGGAAUGGAAGCUGCUGAGCGAGGCGGAGAAGCGGCCCUUCAUCGACGAGGCCAAGCGGCUCCGCGCCAUGCACAUGAAGGAGCACCCCGACUACAAGUACCGGCCGCGCCGCAAGCCCAAGACGCUGCUCAAGAAGGACAAGUUCGCCUUCCCCGUGCCCUACGGCCUGGGCGGCGCGGCGGACGCCGAGCACCACGCGCUCAAGGCGGGCGGGCUGCACGGCGGCGCGGCGGGCGGCGGCCUGGGGCCCGACUCGCUGCUGGGCCACCCCGAUAAGGCGGCCGCUGCCGCCGCCGCUGCCGCUGCCCGCGUCUUCUUCCCGCCGUCGGCCGCCGCCGCCGCCGCGGCCGCCGCAGCCGCCGCCGCCGGGGGCCCCUACUCGCUGCUGGAUCUGGGCUCCAAGAUGGCCGAGAUCUCGUCCUCGUCAGCCGCCGGGCUGCCCUACGCCUCGUCCCUGGGCUACCCCACGGCUGGCGGCUUCCACGCCGCUGCCGCCGCCGCCGCCGCCGCCGGGGGGCACACGCACUCGCACCCCAGCCCGGGCAACCCGGGCUACAUGAUCCCCUGCAACUGCAGCGCCUGGCCCAGUCCCGGCCUGCAGCCGCCCCUCGCCUACAUCUUGCUGCCCGGCAUGGGCAAGCCGCAGCUGGACCCCUACCCCGCGGCCUACGCGGCGGCGCUAUGACCCCCUCCCCGCGGACCGCAGCCUGGACGGGACGGACGGGACGCGUCUGCAGCCCCGCGCGCUGCCUGCGAGCCCGGGGGCUCCUGGCUCGCUCUCCUCGCCUCCCGCACUGCUGGCGCCUCUGCUCCCUCCCCGCCCGGCUGGACGUGUCGUCCUGCGGGAGCCGGGCUGCCUGCCCCCGACCCCGCACCGGGGCGGACGCCUCGCUUCGGGCACGGAGCAGGGGGCGCUCCCCGUCCGGAGGGCUCCGCCGUCGGACUGUAAAUGUGUACAUUCCCGUGGAACCGUCCAGUUUCGGAUGGAAACUCCGUCGCUCCCUUCGCCCACGUUUCGAGUCAGUUUUAGCUUCCACCAAAACCGGACGCCUGUCAAAAACAAUAAAAAGAAACAGAAAGAAACGCAGACCCGUAUUGCGCCCCCCGCCCAAGGAGCGCGGUAUUCUCCGAGGUUAAAUCAGACUUUUUGUCUGAGCGCUAAUUCUAUAUUUAUUAUGUAGCUGAACUGAAGCAGAGCAGCGUUUUGGCAGAAGAAUACUCUCCUUUUCAAGGAACCUCCCCACCCCCCACCCCUCUCCCCAAGAAAACAUGAAGUGUUGAAAUGUGUUUUGGAGUAUCCUACUUGUUUAGCUUAUUUUUAGAGCAACUGCAAUUCAAUUGCAAAUACUGAUUUAAAAGAGAGAGAGAGAAAAACAAAACCACGACAAUUUUAGAGAAAAAUCCUUCAUCAGUUAGAGUUCUUUUUUUUUUUUUUUUGUUUCUUUUUGUAAUGUGUAUAUUUUGACUAAUGUUUGUGAAUGGAGCUGGCUAACCUGUAUUUAGUUUCAAUUUUUGGCUUUAUGUAAUAUAAAGUAAAAAGGAAAAAAAAGACAAAACACACAAAAGUUUAAGGAUGGGUUUUAACAUUUACGUGUCAAUGGUUUUCCUGUGUGAUCUUCUAAUUUAAAAUUAGACGUCUAAACUAUAUCUGUAAAUUAGAAUCCGACUACCACUCUGUUCGUUUUUGAACAAAGAGUUUAAAUAAAGCCUGAAGCAGGGGGAAAAAAAAGAGAAAAUCCUCUAUUUCUUGUUGAAUGACUAACAAGAUUUUUAUCUGAAUCGCCCUGACGGUGCCCGGUCCAGGUGAAGUGUAAGGUAUCCUCCAAAGGCUGCCUUUGUUUCACUUUUGAAUAGAUGGACUAGGAAAUCUAAAUCAAGCCAUUGUUAUUCAGAGCCAAAAAACCUGAUUUAUCACAUUUUGAAUCGUGAAUAGGAAAAGAAGAUAAAAAAACAAGUCGUUGUAUUAUCAAAAAAAAAGAAAAAAGAAAAAAGAAAAAAAAAGCCUUCAUGAACCUGUUCAUUGAAUACACUGAGACCGUUCAAAAGCAUUUAAUCGGUUUCCAGUAACAUUUGCUGAGUGGAAAGUUGCCUGACCACUUUAUCUUGUUAGCAUGAGAGCUUCGCUACUUAAACCCGUGUAAUUUGUUCACGUA